AUGAACGAGGUUUACACAUUCACCGGUGAACUGAUCAAUAAUCAUCUAGAACAACAUCUUCCCGGAGAAGAACGAAAUUCACCGUUACAACCCUAUUGCCCGUUGUGUUACUCCCCUUUUCAAGAACACACUCUUCCUUUCUGUCGAUUUUGGCUUUGGAUUGAAACCACUGGAGCAAAAUCGUAUAACCGUAUUUCACAACAAACAUUCCAAGAACUGGUCGAUUACGAUUACGGUGAAGUUCACCUGAUUAUAAUCCAUCAAAGAAUUAUUCAUUUAUUGAACACCGUUCUAUUUGGAAAAUAUCUAGUAGUAAACGAUCAAAUUCAGCUCAUUAAUUUCGCCUACGAAAGAUUCGUUGGAAUCCACACCAAUGAGCAGAACAAUUUUGACAACGAGGAUCCAGAAGAAAACAAUUCCAAUGAGUAUUACUCCAAAACAAACGACGCCGGAACGCAGACCGAAGGAAGUGACGAAGAAAGAAGAUCUGAAAGAUCAAUUAAAGACGGAAAUCUAAUCGAUUUCUUUAGUCCAGAAAACCCACAUACCGAUGACAAAGAAGAAAUAAUCUACAUCGAGGAAAUAAUUAUCAACAAAGAUAGUGAUACAAGCCAAACUGAUGAAGAACAAGACAACGAACCCGAGCAAAGAGAAAGCCCAUCCCACGAACAAGAAAACAUG